CUUCCCGUGCUUGCUGUUUGGAGUUGGACAAAAGAGGGUUUCAGAAAUAUAAACAAAAUGAAAGAAAAAACUGAAAAGCAUGAGAAGUCAAAGAAGCACGUUGAUAAUGUAGUUUCACUGUCACUUUUAGGAACCGUUAGCAUUAAGGAGAAACUUAGUGAGGGAUACAGACUUUCAGUCAAUAAGCAUAACAUAAAGGUUAAAAAGAACGGUGAAAUUUUGUUCAAAAUAAUAGACUGCAUUUUCUUUUGCGGAAACUUUGAAACUCCCUUACGUGGACAUGAUGAAAAAGACGAUUCAGUAAAUCCAGGGGUAUUUAGAGGAUUAGUAAAUUUUGCAUCUAAAUUAGAUUCAGAUUUGAAGAAUCACUUAGAAACUAGUGCAGUCUUCAAAGGUGUUUCGAAGACCAUUCAGAAUGAGAUACUUGACUGCCUGUUUCAAAUAUACCAUGAGGAGAUAAGGACGGAAAUUAGAAAAGCUUCUUUUGUAGCUUUAAUGGUUGAUGACACAACAGAUGUUUCGGAACGCACUCAGAUGGUCCUUGUUCUACGAUAUGUAUUGAAUGGAGAAUUAUUUGAGCAUUUCUGGGGAUUCUUUUUUCCAGAAAAUCAAACUGCAGAUGGCAUAUCAAAAUGCAUUUUAGAACAAUUGUACAUAAUCCUUCAGGGAAAUGAACAAAAAUUGAUAGUUCAGACAUUUGAUGGUGCAAAUGUCAUGAAAGGAAAAAAAACAGGAGUUCAAGCAAAAAUAAAAGCAGUUUAUACUAAUGUACAUUUUAUUCACUGUUAUGCACAUCAACUUAAUUUAAUAAUGAAAAAUGCAGCAAGUAUUUCACGAAACGCGAAAAUAUUUUUUUCUAAUAUUCUGGCUAUUCCAACAUUCUUCUCAAGAUCACCGCAACGUGUGUCCAUUCUAAAGAAGCAUAUGAACGUUAGCAUUCCACGUCCUUCCUCCGCAAGGUGGAACUUCAACAUACGGACCAUAAACAGAGUUCAUGAAAAUUUGCAACCUUUUAAAAAAUUGCCUUACUGAAAUUCAGUCAACAUCAAAUGCAGAUCAAACUAUUGCAGAAGCAACAGGAAUUUUAAAAUAUCUAAAUGAUGAUAAUUUCAAGUUUUGGUUAGAGCUUUUUUAUCAGAUUAUGCCUCAUGCUGAAAUAAUAUACAAGCAAAUGCAAUCCAGAGAAAUUAGUGUGUUUAAAGUUAAUGAAUAUGUAACAAAUUUAAAAACUGCUAUUUUAAAAUUAAGACAUUCAAAGUACUGUGAGAAUUCUUCAAAGACACUGAUGGCCGAAGGAAAUAUGUGACUUUAUACGUAUAGAUAUAAUGGACCGAUAUGCUUCCACUAAACACUUAUCAACUGCUAAAUUGUUCAACAAGAAAUGCUUCGCUAGUUUUAGGAAUACACAUCCUACAGAAGAAAUGGUACCGAUCACUGAAGCAUAUCCAAUGAUUGACAAAGAAAAACUUGAAAGUAAACUAAAGAUAUUCUAUCGUAGGUCUGAUAUUCAUGAGUAGUGCAAAUUAAUUGAACUACUGAAAUUUAUCUUGGAAAAUAAUCUAGACGAUGUUCUUAGUGAAAUUACAAAAUUAAUAAAAAUUCUCUUGACAGUUUCCAUGACUACAUGAGAGGCAGAACAUUGCUUUUCAACAUUGAAAAGAAUGAAAACCUUUCUAAGAAGUACUAUGAACUCGGAAAUAGUAAAUGCGCUUGCAGUGCUUUCAAUAGAGAAAAAUUUCCUCAGUUGUCAUCCAGAGAUCAAGGAGAAAAUUAUUGAUCUUUUCGCGCAAAUUAAAACAAGAAGAAUGGAUUUCAUUUUUAAAUGAAUAAAUAACGAUUAAACUGUAACAAUUUAGGUUAAAGUAAAUAAGAAAUGUUUAAUUUUGUUCUUGUAAGAUUUCAUGAAGUU